CUGUUUUUUUUUUUUUAAGUGUGGUGAAUUUUCGUUCUCACCACUCAGCCGCCAGCCAUCACUAGUUUAGAGAUGCUCUAUAAAAAUGUCGCGAAAUUCCGACAAAAUAAACCUCAUAGAUCAGAAAGCAUACAGUAAACUUCGCGAUGAUAAGGAUACAGCACCCAAGAACACUCCCCGCAGUUCCAAGUACAAAUACAAGCACAGGAAACCGGAGCAGCAAACUUCGCUGCUUGACUUUGUGGUCAAGCCGCGACCAAAAACACAGAGGCAAAUAAAGGUCAGGAAACUGCACAAGCCACAUUUAACCACAACAAGGAAUAAUUACAUACAAGGUAUCAAACGUAAAGGUAAAACCCGCCUCAAGCCCAAAAAGAAAAUUACCAAGCUAAAGAGGUCCGUACGCUGUUAUCGCACCGUGAAGAAGGAGGAAAGCGCAGUCACGGAGAAAAAAAAUGAUGCAGCCCCAAAAGAUUGUUCAAAGUUCCCUCUGAAAGUUUAUUCUGUCGAGCUACAAGUCGAGAGGCUUUCCCUUAUUGAACCACCCACAUCCAUAGAAAGUUCACACGCGAAGGAAAUACAUUCAAUACACUCUCGGCGCUUCAGAAGCUAUUGUGAUAACUGCACCCGCCCUCGUCUUAAGGAGUUGGUCAAACAUUUGCUCCAAGAAUUGGAUCGCUUCCAGAAACGCGCCUUUGCCAAAAAUGAAAUCAAAGCUCGGGCACAUCCUCGGAUGGUUUUAGGUUUCCGAGAGGCUGUGGCCAGGUUGAGGAUCAACAAGGUUAAACUGUUGCUCCUGGCCACCGAUUGUGAGAGCUGCCCGGGAGAGUAUGGCUUAGAUAAGACCAUAGAAAGUUUAAAAUUCCAGUGUCAGCAAGAAAAGGUGCCCUACUGCUUUCCCCUUGUUAGAAGGGAACUUUCCCACACACUACAAAAGCGAGCGCAGAUCUCCUGCGUGGCAAUCUUAGACUGCGAUGGAGUUAAUGCAACAUACGCAGACCUACUAAAAGAAAUAGAGGACGCUCGGGCCGAAUAUAAACUCAGAACUGCUUUGUGAAGAUUUAUUUAGUGGUAUUGAUUAAAAUAAAGGUGCUAAGAUGUGCUGUUAACA